AACACACAUCGGGCCCUUUCCAUCUGCUGAAGGAGGGAGGGGCUGAUCUGCUCCGAAGCAUCAAAUCAGAAUGGAUGAUGCAUGCUGGGAGGUGGCAGGCCAUCUUUUUUCUGGGUGGCGUGAGCCGCUCACAUGGGGGGACCUACAGAUGCUAUGGUUCUUCCAGCUACAACCCCAACGUGUGGUCACAGCCCAGUGCCCCUCUUCACAUCGAGGUCACAGGUGUGCACAGGGAGCCCUCCCUCUCGGCCCAGCCAGGCUCGCUGGUGCUGCCUGGACACAGCCUGACCCUCCAGUGCCACGCGGAGGCUGACUUUGACACAUUCGCUCUGACCAAGGACGAGGGGCUCACACACCCACAGCACCUCGAUGGGCAGCACAGCCCCAACUUUUCCCUGGGCCACGUGAGCCGCACCCACGGGGGCCAGUACAGAUGCUACAGUGGACACAACCUCUCCUCUGUGUGGUCGGCCCCUAGCGCCCCCCUGGACAUCCUGGUGGCAGGUGAGGAGCCAGCCCUGCCCCUGUCCUGAGGGUCUGCUCAGGGCUCUGGGCCCAGGGUCACCUGGGGGUGAUGGGGUCCAGGAGAGGGGCCUGGAGC